AUGACCACGAUCAUACCUGUGAAAAACGCACAAGCUUUUGUUAUUCCAGGAAGUUCUAAUGACCGUCCCCUGAAGACGAUCAUACCUGUGGAAAACGCACAGGCUUUUGUUAUUUCGGCAUAUUUUGAUGACAGAUUUCCUCCCCCUGUUGUCCGGAUUAUUGGAAUUGUGGACCGGCAGCAGUCUAAUCAGAGUCUCUACUGCCAUCUACGCUUCCACAAUGAAACCAUCUCUGUUGAAGCAGAGGUCGACAUUCAUUUAGAUCACUUUGGGUUUCGUUACGGCACAGCCGACCUCAAGUGCAAAUGUCCAGGGAUAACCUUGAACUCGUCUGUAUCAGUGACGACGUCACUUCAGAAUAACGCAUCAGCCCCCCACUUGAGCAUUCGGAAUAUCAAGAAGGGAAACCCUUCCCAUUUCACCUAUGAGUUUGCUGUGUGCAUUUCCGUCAUGUUUAGGAAUUACAGCAACGUCUUGCAGUUCAUACAAACCAUUGAGAUGCACAGGCUGCUCGGGGUACAAAAGGUGUUCAUAUACAAAACCAGCAGCAGCCGAGAGUUAGACAAAGUGCUGGGGCACUAUAUUAAAGAGGGCAUUGUGGAGGUCAUUCCUUGGCAAAUCACUUCAUUCAUUGAUGUGUCCCAUUCUUGGAAGCCCAAGGCCGGCGGUGAGAUUCAUUACAACGGGCAGAUCGCUGCUUUAAACGACUGCGUCUAUCGAAACAUGUACACCAGCCGGUACGUGGCACUCACGGACCUCGAUGAAAUCAUAAUUCCACGCAAGCAUUCAAACUGGGGGGACCUCAUGAAGUUUCUCAAAAAGCAGUACCCAUACAAGGAGGGGUUUCUUUUCGAUGAGCACCACUUCUCUAACAGUGUUGACGGCGAUAGAUUUGCUUACAAGGAAUGGAACAACGUCCCGGGGGUAAAUAUUUUACGCCACAUCUACAGUGAGCCUGUGAACAGAAAAAGCAAUGCUAGGAAGAUGAUUUUGAAUCCAAGGACUGUGGUUCAGACCUCUGUCCACCACUGUUUGAAGUGUAUUGAUCGGAAAUUGUUCGUUACCUUGUCCAGCGACAUCGCCUGGUUGCACCACUAUCGGUACGCAUAUAAGACUCAUCUGGGAAGUAACAAAUUGAUUAAAGACACGACAUUGUGGAAUUACUCGGAUCAGCUCAUCAAGAACGUGAAUUCUGUUCUGCAAGCAACGCACAUCUUGCAAAUCGUCCACGUCCGAGUGCCAUUACAGGGUCAGCUACCAAAAGAAGCCCUGAUCAGAGACACCAAGCUGUGGGAAUACGCUGACGAGGUGAUUAAAAAAACCAACGAGGUCAUAAAACGGGUAAUAGAAAGCGAAUCCUAACCACCAGUAAUCCUGUACAUAACCCUUCAAACACCGCUCCAAACAAAGCCACUGCAAAAUAUGCAAAGAUUAUAAAGCUGCAUGGAUAAAUACAAA